GUCGCGAUCCGAGGCCACGUUCAAGUCAUCGCUCGCACGUUGACGGGUUGAACGCCGGGAGAGUAUCGUGACCGAUCGAUAUCGCGUGCUUAUUUAUAGGAAGGGUUCGCUGACAUUCCAUCAAAUUCUGCAGCGAUCCGAUCCCGUCCGAGUGUUCUCGGCCGGGGGGCGACGCAGUUGCGUCGCGUGGCGAUGAUCUCUCGAGGAAUCUCGUCCGAGGCGAAAGGUGGCACCCAAAAGAUGCGGGAAGCGAAGCGAAAAUCAUGGGACUCGUCGAUCCGGAGAGGAGCCGCGCUCUCGCGGCUGAACCACGGUAAGCUGCUGGCGCUGUUCCGCGGACAGCAAGCACUGAAAUAGCCACACCACAUGGCGGGGGUCUUUAACUGGCUGGCUAAGAUUCGUCUGUAUGCGUUUUUACGUAUCCGAGCGGCAGCCCGAACACUGUGCAGGCUCGGAUCGGAGUCAGUCCCUCCGAGGGAACGCGUCAGAAUCCGGGAAACGCUUUGUCUCUCGAGGCUGCCGGUCCGUCGCGUUCGGCCGAUCCAUCCGCCUUCGAUUCCUCUUUGACCGCCUGCGAUCGAGCGUUCAUCGGAAACAAUUGGCAAAAGCGUCCGAGCGACAGUCGUCCAGGAUUCCAAGGAGGCCGCAGGAAACAGUGGCUAGGGGCCUGGAAGUGGGAAGUGUUAAAACAUCGAAGGAAAAGACGCAUCGCGGUACGAGAAAUACAUGAUCGCUCGAGCGUACGGCGAGAUGAACCCAUACCGACUCGAAUCCCGACGCGCGUGUGCGUGAGGCCGUGCGAAACCGUUUUGCGUCGUAAUUCCAUCCCAGCGAAAGCUGCUACGCACGCCAAAUCGUCGCCUAAAGGAGUCCGUUGAUCUUUCUCGCGGCUCGAUCGAGGACAGGCCCAUCUAACGAGGAAUGGCGUCUCCGCGGCGGCGGCUCCCUCCGCGCUAACGGCCGCUCCGUUGGAACGGACGAGGUGUCCGAGGAUGACCCGCUGAAAACGGCUUCACACGGCUUCUAUAGCUCGAUCCUGAAAAAGACAAGGCGUACAGUGUGUCUCGUGACGGAGGGAGUUCGAUGGGAACGCGGAGAUAAGUAGCGGCCGCCGCGUCGAAGAUGCGUGGCUGUUCAGCGGGAAGAACUUCGGGAAGAAUGAGCCGCGAUCGGUGAGAGUCGUCGGAAGUCCACGACAGCGAAGCCGAAGGGAUGGCCGCCUGUCACCCGCGAGCCGCGGUUCAACAUUUGCAGCUGCCGGAUCCGGGUCAGAUCGGCCUCGGCCCUUCCAUCAACAGCAUCGGGAGCCAAGGCCCGAAACCUCUGGCGCAGCAGCCGCAUUACCCGCCUCACCCGUUGAACUGGGUCUACCUAGCGAUCGCCGAUCAGAAUCGAGCUCAACCGCCGGACCAGGGCAAGCUUCUACCGACGAUUUGGAGCGGUUUCCCAGCGACCACGCCGGCCACGACGGCAUCGCAGCCUUACCUGCACCGCGCCGCUGGAUUGACCGCUUCCGGCCCGAUAGGAGGCAACCUGGCAGACAGCAUCGGCGAUCUCGCGGAUCAUUUCACGGAGCUGGCCCUGCUGGACAGGAGGCCGACCAAAAGACCGCCUCCCAGUUACCUGUGCCACCUGUGCUUCAAGAAGGGCCACUACAUCAAGGACUGCCCGCAGGCGAGGCCGAAGGGCGAGGGUCUGACGCCGUACCAGGGGAACAAACGAUGCUUCGGGGAAUACAAGUGUCCCAAGUGCAAACGCAAAUGGAUGUCGGGCAACAGCUGGGCGAAUAUGGGCCAAGAGUGCAGCAAAUGCCACAUAAACGUCUAUCCGCACAAGCAGAGGCCCGUCGAGAAACCGGACGGACUGGACGUAUCCGAUCAAAGCAAGGCUCACCCGCAACACCUCUGCGAGAAGUGCAAGAGCCUGGGUUAUUAUUGCCGAAAGAGGACCAAGGGACUGGUUCAGAAUCGCAUGCUCUCGUGGGAGUACGGGAUGAACGCGCCGCGACCCAACGUUGCUCGCGUUGCUCUUUGAUCCUGUGAAUCCUCACCGCGAACCGAUAGUACGACGAUCGUGUAUAUACGUAGACGCGUAUGUACAAAAGUGACACGAUGCCACGCGACAACGGAAUCGCUCGCGAAGGAAACUCGUGUCGGCGAGUCGUCGUAGAAAUAGCUCUGCCAAGAGAUGAAAAGGAAGUAUCGACUCUCCGCGAACAGUUUGCACUCUAAGCGAGCGGUAUCCCUUGAGCGGCACCGCGACGUAACGAUUGGCGUCAGCCGUUUGUCUAUAAACGAGUUUCCGUGACUUUUCUCGGCGACUUCGUAACGCGCGCUUGUCGCUCGGCUAUACAGACUGUUUACAAGUCCGCGCGACGGCGCGACGCGCUCCUACGAAUCUCGGGACGGUCGUGCGUCGAUAUUGUUUAAAAAUAACGUGACCGCGAAAUUCUGCGAAACGCGAUACCCGCUCCGUAAAACGCGCGACUUUCCGUAUUGAUAUAUAUAUAUAUGUAUAUGUUCUGUAUACGCGCGAAAAUAUACGCAAGCCAAAGGUCUAUGCACACGCUUCAGCCGGCUCUUCCUUCCGUUCCGGGACGGCGGUCAGGGAUUUCUGAUCCGCGGAUCAAAGAUGUCUCGUGCUUCAUAGAAAUACUUUAUAUCAUACAAUAUACAUAACGAAUGUACAGUGGUCAAGGAUUGGUCACGGCGAAUAGUCGAUCCGCCGCGGGAUCCUCGCUAAAAUACGCCGCAGAAUUAAACAUCGUCGCCGCCGUAGAGCUUAUAGCUGUCGUCUGGAAAGAAAA